AUGGGCACCGCUGGUACACCUGAAGCUUCAGCACCGGAAUUGCUAGAGGGAUUAAAUCAAGAUAUGUUUGCUGAAGAUCUAAGGGAACCACACACAGACACACAGGAAAAGAAUGUCAGACAGAUAGGUACACAGAAAAAGACAAAUGUUAGGGGAUCUUUGCAAGAUGGAAUGAAGUUGCACGGGGCAGAAGGACGAGAAACCUUGACGUUUUAUGAGUACUGUGAAUGCAUUUAUGGAGGUUCAUCUCGCGUGACGGAAGGCAUCCGAAUUACGCCUCCGGAACAGAGAUUAAUUACACGGUGCGUUGAUGUGGCUAGCGUAGACGUGUGGUAUCCCUUACAUGUAUUGUACAAUGUCUAUACCUGUAUCAUACUGCGUGUGUGUGUCCUUAUAUAUAAACAACAAAGUGCGUCACUACAACUGCACACAAGACCCUUCCUUCUCGCUGCCGUACUGAUAUUGACUUCAAUACGCUCAGAACUUCUCGCUUUGCCAAGACUUCUGUAUCGAAGAGUGGCAACUUCCUGUGAUUCCAGAUUCAUUUUCCUGCCAGCUGGUCGUGUCAGGAACUCCUUCGAGUGUUUGCGUCAUACAGUUGGCUUUGAAAUGGACCAUGAUGGUAUCUCCGCCCUGGCAUCAGUGCACGCAGCCUCCACAACCCUCGAAGAGCUGGAAGCCGAGAAGGCGAGACUGAAGACUCGUCUGGAGGAGACCCGAGAAGCCCUCGUAUGCCGUGUGUGCUUAGACCGCCCCGUGGCAGCUGUCUUCAUGCCCUGCGCCCACCUCAACACGUGCCACUCCUGCUCUGCGUCCCUGACUAUGUGCCCGCUCUGCCGGACGCCUAUACACUAUGCCGCUGCCGUUAUCAUCGACUGAGGGGAGUGAAGGGACGGUACCGGCUGUGCAGUUGGUCGUCUUCGUGAAUAUACACAAGCGGGGGAAAGGAAAUAACCUGAACGGAUUUCCCUACACUUUGAGUUAUUCUAAAGGGAUGAGAUUUAAUACUAAUCCUAUUUCUGUUUAAAGGUUUCAAGUCUCUUAGAUGUCUUCUCUGUUAUGUAAUCAGCUGUUUCUGCGAAAGAUAUAAUCUAUAAUUUAUAUUCAUCUGCAUUAUACAUAUUACAUGUGUGUGUGUAUUUAAAUCCAUUAUAAGCCGAUGUGCAUAAAUCAGAGGUUAGUUUAUGUUAAAGUAACUCGUAAUUUUAAGUUUUAUUGAUACAAAUAACAGAGUAUAACUUUUUUAUAUAAUAUAAUUGAAGACUAUAUAUUAAGAGUUUUUAUGUCAUCGUUAUCAGUAAUAUAUUAAUAUAUUUUCAUAUAUUUGACCCGAAUAAAUUGAAAUUUAUAUACAGAUUUCAGUCCAGUGACAGUAUACACAUGUGAAGACUUGUAUAUAUCGGUACUGAUAACACAUCCUUUAAUGGCUAUUAUCUUUUGAUAGUAUAAAUGUCAUAAACCUUUUUUUUGCGAUAAUUAGAUAAGAUUUUGUACGUUAAAUAUAACUUAUCGUUUAUUU